CCAGCCUGAGCGCAGUCCGCAGCCGCCGUUCCGCAGGCAGCCAUCACGCAGCACAGCCAAGCCCUUUCCUGCCUGCUCUCCACAGGCCAUCUCCUCCCCAGGCUGCCGCAGCCCUGUCCCCCAGCCCCUCCGCCGGUGAGAAGCUCCUGUCCGGCCCGGCCCGCGCUGAGCUCCCUCCGCCGUGUCCGUAGGCACCCCACGGGGAGGCCCAACCGUAGCCAACCGCCAAGGCGAGCGCUGAGCGAAGCUCGUUGAGAAGGGCAACCGCCGCCUUCCGCCGGCGCUGCACUGCCCACCGAGAGCCCGUUCCGCGUAACGGCAGCGAGUUACGAGUCCACGCGGACACAUCGCUGACAGGACCGGCCAGUCGCGGAAGGGCGAAGCGCUGCCUACAGCACACCGCCUCGCUCGCUCGGGGCCGUGGCUCGCCGGCGGCGUCCCUCCGGUACGAGCUCCCGCAGCCCGCCCGCGCCACGCCGCAGCCUCCGCAGCGCUGCCGGGCCAGGAGAAGGGGCGCGAACGCCGCUGACGACUGACAGCUGCCACAGCCAAUGGUGGGGCGGGCGGCGCCGGGAGGCUCCGCUGAGGGUGAAGAAGAUUCUCUGCCCUUCCCCCCUCGCCGUAGUGGAUUGUGUUCUGCUGAUCUUCUGAAGAGCAAAAGUGUAAAUUGUGACAAUGACGACUGAGGUCAGCUCAGAGACUGAAGUAAAGAAGGAUUCUGAGCAGCUGGGACCAGACAAAGCCAAGGACAAGCCUGAAGAAGCAGCAAAGGCUCCAGACAAUCAGAAGUCCAGUGGCACAUCCUCUGAAGGAGCUCAGGAUUCUUCCCCUGCUCCAGCACCAACCAGCCCAAGCAGCCAGAAGAAGGAGAAAGCUCCAUCUGAAAGCAAGGGCCUCUCUCGCUUCCUUCCCCCCUGGCUUAAGAAACAGAAGUCCUACACCUUGGCAGAGCCCAAAGAGGAGCCCAAGAGGAAGACCACAGGAGAAGAGCAAGUAGUUGAAGAAAGUGAGUGCCAGACACCAGAGGGGGUGGCUCCUCCAAGAAAGAGCUCAGAAGAGGCAGCAGAGGAAAAUCAGCAUAAUGCUAAAGCAGGCAAAGAGAAAAACCACUCCAUCAGUGCAGCCGAGACACAGCCUGCCAAAGAAGAUGGGAAAGAAGUGGAAGUAGAGAAAGUUGCAGAGGAAAAGGAAGAAAAACAAGAAGGAGGAGAAGAAAAAAGGGAGACAAAAGAAGUGCAGACAGCUGAAACGAAAGCAGAAACCCUUCCACAGAAGGCUCCCAAGAAAAUCAAAACCGUGCCCUGCAAAGUGGUGCUUCUGGAUGGCAUGGAGUACAGCUGUGACCUGGAGAAAAGAGCAAAAGGCCAAGUGCUGUUUGACAAAGUGUGUGAGCAUCUCAAUCUCCUGGAGAAGGACUAUUUUGGGCUGCUCUUCUUUGAGAAUGCAGAACAGAAGAACUGGCUAGAUUCUGCAAAGGAGAUCAAGAGACAAAUUCGAAGUUUGCCUUGGGUAUUCAGCUUUAAUGUGAAGUUUUAUCCUCCUGACCCUUCACAGCUGACUGAAGACAUCACUAGAUAUUUCUUGUGCCUACAGCUCCGCCAGGAUAUCGUCUCCGGCCGCCUGCCCUGCUCCUUUGUGACUCAUGCCCUCCUGGGCUCCUACACUCUGCAGGCUGAGCUGGGGGACCAUGACCCGGAGGAGCACCGCAGUGACUAUAUCAGUGAAUUCCAGUUUGCACCCAACCAGACUCAAGAAAUGGAAGAGAAAGUAGCUGAGCUCCACAAAACACACAGGGGCCUGACUCCAGCACAGGCGGAUUCCCAGUUCCUAGAAAACGCUAAGAGACUCUCCAUGUAUGGAGUGGAUUUGCAUCACGCCAAGGACUCUGAAGGUGUGGACAUCAUGCUGGGGGUGUGUGCUAACGGGCUGCUCAUUUACAAAGACAGACUCCGGAUCAACCGCUUCGCUUGGCCAAAGAUCCUGAAGAUCUCCUAUAAGCGAAGUAAUUUCUACAUCAAAGUCAGGCCAGCAGAACUGGAGCAGUUUGAGAGCACUAUUGGGUUCAAGCUGCCAAACCAUCGUGCUGCUAAAAGGCUGUGGAAGGUCUGUGUGGAGCACCAUACCUUCUUCAGACUGGUGUCACCGGAGCAGCCCCCCAGAGCCAAGUUCCUGACGCUGGGCUCCAAGUUCCGCUACAGCGGGCGCACGCAGGCGCAGUCGCGCCAGGCCAGCAGCCUCAUCGACAGGCCUGCCCCGCACUUCCAGCGCACCUCCAGCAAGAGGGUCUCCAGGAGCCUGGAUGGAGCUCCCAUGGGUAUCUCAGACCUAAGUCUAAGAGACUUCCCUGCUACAGGAGGGCAGGCUGCUGGAGUAAAAAUCCUUGACAUUGAAGCUGCUGGUCAAGCCAAGCUGAAAGAAGGUGGCAAAGAAGAAGAUGGAAGCCCACUCAAAACCCCCCAGUUAGAGCUGACUCAGGAUGGAAAGAGCAAUUCCUUGAGAGUAGACGAGGAAAAUAUUUAUGUCAGACAUAGCAAUUUAAUGCUGGAGGACCUGGAUAAGGCCCAGGAGGACGUGCUGAAGCACCAGGCUAGCAUUAGUGAGCUCAAGCGCAAUUUCAUGGAGUCCACGCCCGAGCCGCGCCCCAGCGCGUGGGAGAAGCGCCGCAUCACUGCUCUGUCCCCGCAGACACCAGGGAAAAAAGGAGACCACAUUUUCCAAGUGAAGGCGCUGCCUGGGAAGGAGAAGCAAUGGACUGCAAUGCCAAGGAUUGCUGGAGCCAAACCAGAGGAAGCUGACAAGAGCCUGGCAGAGGAGAUCGCCUCCAUUUUGUGUAGUCAGGAGGGCCUUUGCGCGGGCUCCGCACGGCUCUUCGCCGCCGCCGGCGCGGCCCCACCAGAGGGCGCUGCGCGGGAGGAGAUCGCCGGCUCGGCCGCGCCGCCGCCCCAGAGACAUGCUUCCAGAGCAGAAGGGCCUUGUGCUGGAGUCAGCGAUGCUGAUAAGAGUUCACAUGAGACUCUGGCCAUAGUGGAGGAGAAGAAGCAGGCAGAGGUUGGGAUAGAAGAAACUCUAGUCGUAGAGGAGACCAACAAAGGGAAAGUGCAAGUUGCCACUGAUGCUGGGGAGACUUGUAAGGUGGAGCAUCUGUCAAAAAAGGACUCUUCAUCAUUACCAUCAGAUAGUAGCAGCAGCAGCAGUAGUAGUGAGAGUGAGGAUGAAGAGGUGGGAGAAUACCAACCACACCAUAGGGCAAUUGAGGAAGUCAUCAGGGAAGAACAGGAAGAAGAGGAAGAUAUGAAAAGAAAAGAGCACGAAGAGAAAAUGCAGCCUGUGGAAGCCACGCCAGAAGGCAGUACACUAAAUGUACCAGUUGAGCAGACACCAGGUACAGCUGAAGAUGUGGUCCAGGAAAAUGCAGUUACCAUAGCUACAGAAGAGAAGAAUUUGUCAGAGGAAAUUAAGCAAGAUUUAGGUGAAGAAAAAGAGGAAGAACAGCUCAAAGUCAAUGGAGAUGUGUCUCAUGUUGACAUUGAUGUUGCACCACAAAUAAUUUGUUGUUCUGAGCCUCCAGUAGUGAAAACAGAGAUGAUAACCAUCUCAGAUGCCACACAGAGAACUGAAAUCUCCACUAAAGAAGUCCCCAUUGUUCAGACAGAAACUAAAACGAUCACAUAUGAGUCUCCACAGUUUGAUGGUGGUACUGGUGACGGUGCUGAUUUGAUGCUGAGCACACAGACAAUUACAGCGGAGCCUAUUUCUACUACCACAACUACACACAUCACAAAGAUGGUGAAGGGUGGAGUGUCAGAAACAAGGAUUGAGAAGCGCAUCGUCAUUACUGGAGAUGCAGAUAUUGACCACGAUGAGGCCCUGGCACAGGCAAUAAAAGAAGCCAAAGAACAGCACCCAGACAUGUCUGUGACAAGAGUGGUGGUGCACAAAGAAACUGAACUUGCUGAGGAAGAUGAAGAGUAAAAUACAAAAUGCCCUCAAGCAGUGAUUUUAGAAGUAAAAGCAACACUGCCCGUGAAGAACUGUAACCAUUCCAAGCCAUCACCACUCCACCCAGCUCCCCAGGCCUGGCAGCCAUCUGCAGCUGUUCAGCCUUCAAUGCCAACACCAAACUCCAGUUUUACAGCUUUGCUCUAUUCUCCCUUACAACCUUUCUCCUUUCCCCCCCCCCCAAUAACCACUUGUUAACCUUCUUAGAGUUGUUUUUUAUCCGAUGCAGUUGGAGGGCAUGAUCUUCUCCUGCACAAAUACUGGGAUUUGUGGAGCUGAUUCUUAGCUGUAUGAAAGUGGACAGCACCAAUACACCAACCAAAAGGAGCCUGGCAGGCACUGUUCACUGGAGCACGUGGUAGCUGUGCAGGAAGGGGAUCUUGACUAAUUUAGAGGUAGAGAGGCUUUUGUCCUAAGUAUUUCAAGUGAAGUCUCUGGCUGGAGGAACUUAGAGAUCCUCUGGUGGUUGUUAUUUUUUCAGGUGAUUCAGGUAAAUCUUUGCUAUCACAGAACUAAGAGUUUUAUAAAAACACUUCCUGGCGUUUUGAAACAGAAACAAACAGAACUUGUACUUCUUUGGGUCAAUUUUAUACUGCUCUCUCUGUAACUCUUUCUGCACUUAGCCUCCUUCCUCUGUGGAGCAGAGGGGAGCGGCAGGCAGGAGAAGGAGCUGCAGACAAGUUUCUUCUGACUGAGCACUGUGUUCUCUUUGCACUUGGGUGCCAAUGCUCAACUCCUUGCAGACCUUUUGCUGUCUGCAGCAUUCCAGGGAAGGGAAGGAGGCAGGCAAAGCAGUCUCCUUCUCUUCUUCUAAGAGGUGACCUAGGCAGCUUAAAACCUUAGUGCUUUCUUUUCUUACUGUGUCUAAACUUGAGCACUUCCAUUCCUUGAACCCACUGUAGAAUGCUCCCAUGAAAGCUGUCUGCAGGUCCGAGCUGCCCUGUUGCUCAGUGAGGGCACCUGGCAGAGGCUUGGCCUGCUGGUCCAUGCAGGGGGUUAGGAUACUGGCCAGCAGGCUCUAGAAAGUAAGCAGGCAGCACCAUCCCUUGAGACUGCCACUGAGAAACCCUGGUAAUUAUCUGGGAUUUUACUGUUACUUUGCUCUUGUGGGGAGGGGGCUGUUUGGGUCUGGGUUUUUUUGCUGUUGACUCUGUGUAUAGUUAAAAUGCCAAAUUAGAUUUAUAGCAGCUUGAAAUUGUAUUAAGUGAUAUUUUGCUUUCUGUAAUUCUGUUCUAAAAUAAAGUUGUUUAUUCUCUGUA